GCCAGAGGCGGUCGCCGGCAGUACACUUCUUUUCCCCUUUCCCACCUCAGCUACCAUGUCAGGAUAUCUUCCGUCGUCAGCACCACGAACCUCCACAAACCACUCACCGCAAGUGCUCCCCUAUGUUUUUUCCUCCCCUCGAUCAGAAACCCCAAAGAAAAUAAAAUCCAAAAACACAUAUGCAUUUAGAACACGUGUCGUCGUUGUGAAGUCGUCGUAGCCGGGUCUCGGUGAUGAAGCGAGAAACAAAAGAGAUCGUGGCGUCUGUCUCUAGAUCCCUCACCGCCGCGUCGAUCUCCGUAUUUCCCCCAAAGUCGUCGCUGGUCAAAGUCGAUCUCCAGAUUCCCCCGCUGUUCAAGUCCUGCAAUUCGUGGGGCUGCUGUUGUUUCCAAUCAUCUAGCCGACGCGGUUAUUACGGGCCUAGAUCUGAUGGCGACAUAGGCCCAAAAUCAUCUUCCCCUGUUUUCCCGUUGGCAGGGCAGAGCUCCUCAAAUCCCUCCAUCAAAGAGAAGAAGAGAAAGGUGAGAGUCGGCAAGCACCAACUCCACGAUCUGGCUCCGCGAUGGAGUUCUUCGUCUGGAUUUUCGUCGUCGUCGAAUGAAUCCGGCGAUGAAAGAGGUGGGAGUGAGAUCGUGGAUGUGUAUCCAGGGAAGAGGAGUAGGUUACCAAGCUUUGGCAGUGCGUGGUGGCGGCGGCGGUUUUGAUGGACGCCAAGCAACUAAAAUGGGGCCAUAUUAGGAUUUCUGUUAGGGAUGGGUUGCUUCCACUUGAUUUGGUCAAGAGAUGGGUAUCGCAGAUGGGUGGGGAAGAAAGAGGGUGUAGGGUUUUUUUUAAAUCUUAAUUUUUUAUUUUAAAAGCUUAAUAAUAAUCUGAUGUGGCG